ACAUUUAAUAUGGUCGGAAAGCGUAUUGGUAUCUUUGGAGACUACGACACUUCUUUUGGUAAACUUGAAGUUCUUGUUGAUGGUAAAGAAUUGGAAUAUGACUUUCAAAUUAACACAAAGACAUUAACACUUCGAACACUUUACCAUGCUUGCGCUUUCGAAGAAGGUACACACAAUAUCACAAUUAACGUGAAAGAAGGAAAAGUUAAUAUUGAUGUGAUUGGAUUUGACUAA